AGUGAAACUGAAAUGGUAUCAUGAGUCGUGAGAGAAGAAAACUUUCCUAAACUCUCACAGAAAUUCAAACCUAGUUGUUGUGGACGACUAAAAUGUUGAUAUUGCGGUCCCAAACGGAGCAUUGGCCUCUUGUUUUACACAUGGCGGAAUUUUUAAAGGCUUCCCAUGGAACCUGCUAAUAGGGUGAACGGGAACAACACAAAAGAAAAAGUUCAUGGCACUUUGCCAAAGCAGUUGGAAGCAUUCACUUGGGACCAGACCUGCCGGGGAGAGGAAUGGAUAACAUUUUCUGUUGAAAUUCUGGACCAAAACCAAUUCAGAAUCAGGUUUUAUUGGCCAAUGACGUAAGGGUUCGUGUGACUCUCGUCACGUGGUCACGCAGAGAUCAGCUGAGCAGCUUACUUCCUUGCUGGCAUUUGUUGAUUUACCAGAGACGCUCGGAAUCAGCCGGUCCGUCCAGAGACUUACUCAUCUUUUUUUUUUGCCUCUGUUGAUGUGAAACUAUAAAAAGCUUAAGGGGCUCUUUCUGAUCUGUUUUUCCCUAGCUGUGUGUGUGUGUAUAUGUGCAUAUAGUGGUUACAAACACUAGACUACAUUAAUGAAUACUUCGGACAGCGAGGAAGAGGUCUGCAAUGAACGGACUGCUUUGGUCCAAACCCAGAGUCCGACCCUACCGAACUACAACCGAGACCACGACAUGGACCUUCCCGAGGAUGUAGAACCAAAGGGGCGGCAUAGAGUGGCAGGGGAGACGAGCUCGCCCGGGCAGCCAACGCGGCCCACAUCUGGCCGGGAGUCGUCAACGGAGACGGACGACGAGGAGCUGACGCUGAAGUAUGGGGCCAAACACGUCAUCAUGCUGUUCGUGCCCGUCACGCUGUGCAUGGUGGUCGUCGUGGCGACCAUCAAGUCUGUCAGCUUCUACACAGAAAAGAAUGGCCAGCAGCUCAUCUACACCCCCUUUACCGAGGACACGCCCUCGGUGGGCCGGCGGCUCCUCAACUCCGUGCUGAACACCAUGAUCAUGAUCAGCGUCAUCGUCGUCAUGACGGUCUUCCUCGUGGUGCUCUACAAGUACCGCUGUUACAGGUUUAUCCAUGGUUGGCUGAUCCUCUCCUCACUCAUGCUGCUGUUCUGGUUCAGCUUCAUGUUCUUAGGCGAGGUGUUCAAGACGUACAACGUGGCGAUGGACUACCCGACGCUGGUGAUGAUCAUCUGGAACUUCGGGGCGGUGGGCAUGGUGUGCAUCCACUGGAAGGGGCCACUGCAGCUGCAGCAGGCCUACCUGAUCGCCAUCAGCGCCCUCAUGGCCCUUAUCUUCAUCAAGUUCCUGCCCGAGUGGUCCGCCUGGGUCAUCCUGGGGGCCAUCUCCGUCUACGAUUUGAUUGCUGUGCUGUGUCCAAAGGGUCCUCUGAGAAUGCUGGUAGAAACAGCCCAGGAGAGGAAUGAGCCCAUAUUCCCUGCACUCAUAUACUCAUCCGCCAUGAUUUGGAUGGUGGGGAUGGCCAAUCCACCUGCCGCAGCCGAACCGCCAAAUCAGGACACAGAUGAAGAAAUGCUUCAGAGUGAAAGAGGACUCCUUGAACAGGAAGGGGCGGGGCGAGAGAGCCCGUCACUCCGAGGCAUCGGGAGGAGCUACUCAGCCGAGGAGGAAAUGGAAGAAGACCGGGGAAUCAAGCUAGGCCUGGGAGACUUCAUCUUCUACAGCGUGCUGGUGGGGAAGGCGGCGGCCACCGGAGGGGACUGGAACACAACACUGGCCUGCUUUGUGGCCAUCCUGAUCGGUCUCUGCCUGACUCUCCUGCUGCUGGCCAUCUUUAAGAAGGCUCUGCCCGCGCUGCCCAUCUCCAUUACCUUCGGCCUGAUCUUCUACUUCUCCACAGACAACCUGGUGAGGCCCUUCAUGGACAGCCUCGCCGCUCAUCAAUUCUACAUAUGACCCCCCCUGCAGCCUUAAAGGUCAACAACGUGCACGCGUGUGGUGUGCUUUAUGGGACUGAUUCUAAGUCACCCCAAAGAGUCCGCACGAGGCACUGGUGUUCUGUCUCGUGGCUUGCCGUGACUUUUUUUUUUAUUUAAUUUUUUCCUCCCUGACUGACUUGGGGCAUUUUUUUCUUUUUUAAAUACGUGAACUAGCAUUUUCUGGGAGUUGGGAAGGCCUGAGAAUAGGAAUCGUCUCGGUGUUGAGCACUGCUAUGGGUUCCUUCCUUCCCUCAAAAAAGAAACAAAUAAGUUGUGCCAUAAUAUAUACACUCACUUUUCUUCAUCAGAUUGAAAGAAAUGUUCUGGUCGCCUGAUGUAGCUGCAACACAUAAGGCAUUAAUAUAAAUUCCUUCUGGUGUUACCGCUUACGCAACUUAACAGUCUCGCUUGCCAACACUCAUGUAAAUGGAUUGUGACACUACAAUGUGACCUUCAAGUUUCCAAACUAUGACAUGUCUGCUUCCCUCUUUCUCUUCUUGGGUGUUAAAAAAAAAGAGGAUUCUCUCUUUUUAAGAGAGCCGCGUUUCUUAUUUAAGAAAUGUGAAAGUCGCCUCUACCUCCUCCUGGCUCCUUGUGAUGGCCCUCUAAUCUGUAGCAUCAGUGAUUUUAUUAGGAAUUUACUAACUUGACGUACUAAAAAAACUUUACCUCGCUGUAGCUUCAUGCCAUAGAGAACCUCCCAUCGUGACAAAUGUAUACAUUGCAACAACUGAAUAUUUAUGACACCAUAACAGCUCAGACUGCUAAGCUAUGAAACUCCUCACUGUACACUUUGUGAAGUCGAUUCACUUUCAGAGAAAUCGAGGUUGACUGGUGUAUUCCACCUUACGUCUGGAUACACUUCCAGUCAGAAACCUCACGAUUGCGUAGGUUUUGUUGUCCAUUCACCUAGUCAGGGCUCAUGGUUGGGGACCGGUUCUGAAGGAAAUAUCCAUUAAUUGUAAGCAACCCAAACCGCAACGAAGAAACCACCUGUUUUACGUCAUUGUUUCUCGUUGUGUUCAGUAUUGGCUACAAGAGCGACAUCUCAACUGACCUAUAUAUUCAAUCAGUGUGACAUUGGAAUAUACAAAACCCUUUUCCUGACGCUUUUUUGUUUUGUUCAUUCAAUUCUAUUUUUUUCCAGUAGCUACAAGGAUUAAUUCACCUCAUUUUCAGGUUUGCUGCUGAGAAGGCUCUUAUUGAAAGCUAAAGGCUACCAAGCUAACAGGGAAAUGCAAGGUCUGGUCUGCAUCUGAAAAGAAACAGUAACAAAAGGUACCCCUGUAUCUUAGAACGGCAAUCUACUGUUUGAACAGAGUGCUUUAACUUUGAGAGCAUGUAGACUUUGUAUCGAAGAGGAAUUAUAUAUAUUUUAUAGAAUGUAAUAAAAAGGUGUAAUAUUUUAAUUGAUUUUAUAUCCAAACACUUACUUGUUGCAGAUGAAGCGGCCCGUCAUGGGGCAUUCCUUUUUGUCCGUCUUGUGAUGAUUUUAAGUAUAAUAUGGUGGAAUAAAUUGUUACUCACGUGUAUUAUA